AUGGUGGCAUUGAAGUCAAGGAAGGGUCAAAAGCCUCCAAAUUUUAGACGGCCUGCAACCUUCUUCGCCGAGAAGGUAACUAAGCAAAGCGUGGAGAUAACUGAGGAGGUUGUUGGGACAAUGGCGGAAAAAAGAUCUUGUGUCCAUUUUGAUAGAUAUGUUAAUGUGGAUAAGCUGUUGAAAACGAUUGAAUCCUCUGGACAAAUCAAGUGUGGAGAAUGCAACGAAGGAGUGCACGUGAAGGGAGGAGGAAGUAAGUGGAGCAUGAGUAGAAACAACAGGUUUUGUUUUUCUGCUAGAAAGGCUAUUUGGCUUUGCUUGGAAUGUGGCGAUUACGUCUGUGGAGAUGUUGGUUUGCCGACUGGAUCUCAUAGUCAUGUUGUGCGGCACUUCAACUUGACGGGUCACCGUUUGGUGAUUCAGUGUGAAAAUCCUCAGUUAAGAUGGUGUUUCCCAUGCCAAUCACUUGUCUCUUUUGAGAAAGAAGAGAAUGGUGAGAAGAAAGAUUUGUUGCUGGAAGUUGUGGAAUUGAUUAGAGAACUAUCUUCAAACACGUUCUCAGCUAGAGUUGAAACUGAAAAUUUAUGGUCAGGAAGUGAAGCAAGAGAUGGAUAUGCUGUAAGAGGUUUAGUUAACCUUGGGAACACAUGUUUCUUUAACUCUGUAAUGCAGAACCUUCUCUCUUUGGAUCAGUUACGUGAGCACUUCUUGAAAGAAGAUAUGUUUGGUGGAGGGCCUCUCGUUUCCUCCUUGAAAAAAUUAUUUGAAGACACAGAAUCAGAGGUAGGCUUUUUCAGGAGUGCAAUAAAUCCAAGACGCUUAUUCUUUUCUGUUUGUUAUCAGGCUCCCCAAUUUAAGGGAUAUCAGCAGCAUGACAGUCACGAGUUGCUAAGGUAUUUGUUAGACGGUUUGAGCUUUGAAGAAUCAAGCAUGAGGCAAAAGCUUAGUGAUUAUGAUAAUGAUGAUGACAGUUUUGCACAUCAGAAACCUACUCUCAUAGAUUCUAUAUUUGGAGGUGAAAUUUCGAGCACUGUCUCUUGUAUGGAAUGUGGGCAUUCCUCAAAAGUAUUUGAACCCUUUAUGGAUCUCUCCUUACCUAUUCCGUCCAAGGAGUCUCCUCCUGAAAAGCAACAAACCCUUUCUCCGGAACAAAAGGUUCAUAAUAACGAGGGAGUCAGCAAAGAUUCAGAAGAACAUGAUAGUUUUUGGGAGGAUAUUUUUGGACUAGAUACCGAACAAGGUGAUAUUAGUGAUACCGCCCCAUCAACUGAGGCUAGAGGAGUUAAUCAUACUUUGGUAGGUAGUACAGAAACGCUGCUGAUACAUGAUAAUGAUGGAAUUGUAAAACCAGAAACUGUACAAGAUGAAGAAGAUACACAGUCUGAUGAAGACACAGAUGAAAGUGAGAUUCUCUCAGAGAUUGAGGCUCUGUUGGCUGAUGAAGAGCUUCCAUUGCUGGUUGCAGAUUCUCAGAUUCUGUACUUGCCUUAUAAAGAUGACAUAUCCUGUGAUGAUAACACAGUUGGAGAAGGUAAAGGUGGGGCUUCAUCAUAUGUGAGCGGCCACCAUGUACAAAUCGAUGAGACUAGCAUCUCCUGUAAUAAUGAAACAGUUCAAGCAAGUGAGGUUGAAGGUUCCUCGUCAAACGUGAGCAGUGAUCAUGAACCAAAAAUAGAUUAUGUUGACUUUAGCAGUUUUUUUGACGAGCCUGAGAUACCUGAAGGACCUGUUUUCAGACUGCCAUCUAAAGCUGAAGUUUCUGAAGCUGGUUUUGUGGCUGUCAGCAGUAAUGAUAAAAAAGUUCAAGCAAGUGAGGGUGAAGGUUCCUCGCCAUACGUGAAUGGUGACCAUGAACGAGACAUAGAUAAUUUUCAAUUUCGCAGUUUUCUUGACGAGCUUGAGAUAUCUGAAAGAGCUUUUGACCGACCGAAAUCACAAUCUGAAGCUGGUUUUAUGGCUAUGAGCAGUAAUGAGAAAACAGUUAGGCCAGGUGAAGGUGAAGCUUAUUCAUCAUUCAUGAGCUGUGACCAUAAACAACAAGACAGAGAUUAUGGACCUGAGAUAUCUGAAAGACCUGUGUUUGGCCCGCCAUCUAAAGCUAAAGUUUCUGAAGUUGGUUUUAUGGCUGUUAGCAGCGACUCUGAUCCUGAAGUUGUAGAUGAUUCACCAGUGUCUGUAGAUGGGUGUUUGGCUCAGUUCACCAAGCCUGAGAUUUUGUCAGAAGAAAAUGCUUGGCAUUGUGAGAAUUGUUCGAAGAACCUAAAACUCCAGCGGUUGAGAGAAAAAAGAGAAACUAAACUAGGAUUGAGCAAUGGAUGGGUGGAUGAAAAUGAAGCUAUUGAUGAAUGCAUAGAUGUCGAAAACAGCUGUAAAGCCGGAGUCACAGAAUUGCUAAACUGCAAGAAAGAGAAAAACGCUAUAGAUGAUGGAGUUCUGGGAGAUUCAGAUGCAAAGCAAGAUCCAAUUACUUCUUAUGUUACUGAAACUCCUAUCCUCGGUGGAGAAACCAUAAGUUCUCAACCAGCCAAUGGCUAUGAAUGUGAAAACUGGGAAGACAGGGCAGUAGAUUCUGAGGAAGUGAUAGUAAAAAGAGCUGCUACUAAAAGGGUACUUGUAAACAAGGCACCACCUGUCUUGACUAUACAUCUCAAAAGGUUCAGCCAAGAUGCUCGAGGCAGGCUAAGCAAGUUACGUGGCCAUGUUGACUUCAAAGAGUACCUCGAUCUUAGCCAAUAUAUGGAUAAUACUAGGUUGACAGAAGAAGACCAGCCGGUUUAUAGGUUGGCCGGGUUAGUGGAGCAUCUUGGGACAAUGAGAGGAGGUCAUUAUAUUGCUUACAUUAGAGGAGGUGACAAGACGAGGAGGGAGUCUAAUAGUAAAGAACCUAACUCAUCAAUAUGGUAUCACGCAAGCGAUGCUUGGGUUCGACGUGUUUCUUUUGAAGAAGUUCUCCGUUCUGAAGCUUAUAUCUUAUUUUACGAACGUAUAUGA